UUUUAAUAAGUAAAAGAAUGCAAGAUCGAGCAGAUACUGAUAAGUUUGGGAUUUUUUGAAUUUGGCAAGAUAUGGGUUUUCAGCCUUAUUGGCAAGUUUUGAUUUGGCAAGUUAUGGGGGAGCCUUUUUUUUCUUCUUUUUUAGCUUUACAACUUUCUAAAUUUAUUUUUUUAACCAAUUUUUUUUAAUUUUUUAUUUAGUUAAUUUAAAUUAAUUAUUUUCAAAAAUGGAAUUUCCUUCUUCACAACCUUCAGUUGAUCAAUUCCAAGUUGCUUCAAAUGAAGAGCAAUUAGCUAAGGAAAUUGAUGACGAUCAAUUAGAAGAAACUUUACUUGAGAGACUUGAAGGGCUCAAAGAAAUGUUUCCUGCUGGACUUCGCUCUGCUGUUUAUUAUUCUGUUGGUGCGGGAUGGACUUUGUUGGGCACUUCUUUUUCGCUAGCACGUAAAGCUACUUGGGUGUUGUCUACUUCUGCUUUUAUCAUGAUUUUGCCUUACUUUAUUGACAAAGAACUUCGCGACAUGGAAAAAUCUCAAUUGAAGCAACAACAACAAUUAUUGCUUGGGCCGUCUAAAUAA